AUGGACAGCUCCAAAGACAGCGCUUCAGGGCGAGUCUUUAGUGAGAAGCUGGCAGAGAAGAUCCCGACCAUCCCAGAGUCAUCACUGCCAAACCAGCUUAGCAUCGAUACUCAUUCUGCCGUUCGCAAUAAAACCUCCGAUUCAACACUUUCACGUACAGACGGUCAGACAGCGGAAGAAAUCGCGUACUCCCAACACUCCGCCUUACGAUCUCUACCUGCCUGGAUUCGGUCGGUCGAUGAGCCCGAGGAGGAUGAAGAUGAAGCUACGGCAACCGAUCACUUAUUGCCUUCCCAACCAAAUGGCGCAUUUGUCGCUCAGCACAACCAUUCGCCCUACGCAUCAUCCAAGACCCAACCUACUCGUGGGAUCAACAACGGUCUGUUUGAGGAUGACACACCAUUUGUCAACCGGGAAUCGCGCUGGAUGACAUUCUCACGAACCAUCCAAUACCCCCGAGAAGCCGGUAGAGAGGAACAACAAGUCACUCCAGAAUGGUUAAAUGAGAAUCACGGCGACUACUUGCAACCAUGGCGAGGAAAGCACCUGGAGGGCGAUAGUCCGGAGUAUCCGCUACACAGUGGAGGCCGAAGGGAUAUCUGGAUCAAACGUUUCAAGAAGACAAUUCUACGAAGCCCGAUGGUGCCCAUGAUUCUUCGAAUGACUGUUUGGUGCUUCUCGCUCUCUGCAUUAGCUCUAGGUGGAUCGAUUCAGCACAUGGCCAACGAAGGACGUCGCUCUCAAGGCCCAUCUGCAUUGAUGGCGAUCAUCGUCGAUGCAGUCGCACUGGUUUACCUCCUAUACAUCACCUUUGAUGAAUACACUUCAAAACCGUUGGGUUUGCGCUCUGCCUCGGCUAAAACGCGUCUCCUCCUCCUGGAUAUCUUCUUCAUCGUCUUCGAUUCCGCCAAUCUCAGUUUGGCAUUUUUUUCACUUUCCGAGGUGACAGGAGCCUGCACUGAAGCAGAGAUCAACCAACAGCUCAAUCCUCAAAAUACUGGUAUAUGUGUGCGACAGAAGGCACUUGCUUCCGUACUGCUGGUUGCACUUUUGGCUUGGCUCAUGACAUUUUCGAUAAGCGUUCUCAGGCUUGUCGAACGAGUGGCACAGUGA